CAUGAGUCCAAUGUCUCUGCAGCCCACAGCAGGCUAGGAAACCGAGUCCUGCCCACGAGCACUAUCCCAGCAUAUCUGGAGCAGAUUCAGAAUCACAUGUCUCCAGAGAGCCCUGAUGUUUAUGGGAUGGGCAAACGUGAUUACCUGGUGGAUGCCGCCAAACAGAUCCACCUGGCACUUGAGCGGGACGUGAGUGAAGACUAUGAGGCAGCCUUCAACCAUUAUAAAAAUGGGGUCGAUGUACUACUCAAUGGAGUACAAGUUGAUCCCAACAAAGAGCGGCGAGAGGCUGUGAAAAGGAAGAUCACCAAGUACUUGAGGAGGGCUGAAGAGAUCUUCAAUUGCCACCUACAAAGGACGCUGGGAAAUGGGACCAGCCCUGGUACGGGCUUCAGCAGCCUGAGGCUCCGGCCCAUCCGUACUUUGAGCUCCGCAGUGGAGAACCUGAGGUCUUGUAAGGUAGUGGGAGUCAUUGAAAAGGUUCAGCUGGUCCAGGACCCUGCCACUGGGGGGACAUUUGUAGUUAAGAGCCUCCCCAAGUGCCAUGGAGAGACCUGGGACCGUCCAACCAUCAUCCCCAAUGGUGUUCCUUAUAUGGCCAAGCUUCUUCGCUACACUGUGAGUGAGGACUCCAUCUUCUUGCACUUGGAGCAUGUGCAGGGAGGAACCCUCUGGUCCCAUCUCCUCUCUCAGCCUAGACCCAAGAGGCGAGAGGCCUGCAGCAAUUUAACUCAGCAGAAACCCAGCUCUACCCAGGGUGACCACCGAGAAAAAGGGAAAGCUGGCCCUGGUCCCCCUGAGAUUCGUCUCAGUCUCCUGACCCCGGUUCUACUUUCCCAGAACAACACCCAACAGCUCAGCAUUGCCUCUGAGGCAUCAGCCCAACCCUCUGACAUUUCAUCAGGGCUUCAAGGCAGAGUAUCUGACCAUCAGAAAGGGCUGAAGAAUUUGGAGGAUUCUGAUCUGAGCUCUGGAAGAAAGGUAUCCAGUCAAUCCAGGGAAAUCCAAGUGUUCAUGUCCCAUGGAGCAUCAUCCUGUGAAGAUGCUUUUGGAAGACACAAAUUCAGGACAGAUGAUCCUUCCUCUAAACAGGACCCUCUGACCUCAGAAGACACUACCUCACCUUCUGGCCUCGUUUCCAAGGCCCUAAGAAAGGAUGGGGCAAUGACUAGCAGCCCAGGCCGGGGCAGAGGUCGGUCCUAUCACCAAGCCAGGCGGAGUACUAUGUGGAGUACCAACAAAGGGCCCCUGGGAGGUCUCUCCUGGAUCCGGGAGGGGGCAGGACGGGUACUAGAGGGCUAUGGUCAUGGGAGUGACCAGCCCAAAGAGCUUUCAGGUCAGGAUUGUCCACAUGCUAACCGGACCUGUCCAGGCCACAGGGGCGGAGCCUGGUGUGUGAAGGAAGAACAAGUCAAGCAGUGGGCAGCGGAGACUCUGGUGGCCCUUGAGGGUCUACAUCAGCAGGGUGUGCUAUGCCGAGACCUCAACCCCAGGAACCUGCUGCUGGAUAACACUGGUCACAUCCGUCUCACCUACUUUGGCCAGUGGACAGAGGUGGAACCCCGGUGCUGCAGUGAAGCCUUGGAAAACCUGUACAGCGCCCCAGAAGUGGGUGGGAUUUCUGAACUGACAGAAGCCUGUGAUUGGUGGAGUUUUGGAUCUCUGCUAUAUGAACUUCUAACUGGAAUGUCACUGUCCCAGAACCACCCAUCAGGAAUCCAUGUGCACACCAGGCUCCAUCUGCCCGAGUGGCUCAGCCGAUCAGCUACAUCUCUGCUCACUGAGCUGUUGCAAUUUGAUCCCUGCCGGCGCCUAGGUGCUGGAGGAGGAGGUGUCAACAAGCUCAAAUCCCACCCAUUUUUUAGCACCAUCCAGUGGAAUAAACUGGUGGGGUAGGAUCAAAAGCGGGAAGACCAAGAAAGCUUCCUGGAAAGACCCAGCUUGGCUUUCUGGGCUGGCAGAGUCCAUAAGAGAACUCUAAUCCAAUGGGUUCAAGGCCCAGCCUAGGAUGUCAAGAUUUCUUAAACUACCAAGUAGUCAACCAUUGGUGGUGAUGAAUCCUGUAUUCUGCAUCCUAGAGAGAUACAGGGUUAGGUCUCUCUUUCAAGCUUUUCAUUCCCCCUUCCCCGUGAGUUUGUUCCACUUAGGGUCUUGGAA